AGGGCCCGCCGCCGAAUCCGCCGGAGUUCUGUCCCCGAGGCCUGGCGGGUGGGGCUCGCGCGGAGGCCGCGUCUCCCGACCCGGGUGGACGCCCCGCUGGGCCGUGGUCGGGAGCGGGUUCGCCGAGGCCGGCGGCGGGGAGCGCCGGUGCCGGGAUGGAGGACGGCGUGGCCGGGCCCCCGCUCGGGGAGGCGGCCGAGGCGCGAGCGCGGCCGGGGGUGACGCUGCGGCCCUUCGCGCCCUUCGCGGGGGCGGCCGGCGUGGGCGAGGGCGGCGGCGACUGGAGCUUCAUCGACUGCGAGAUGGAGGAGGUGGACCUGCGCGGCCUGCCCUGCGCCGCCAUCGCCUGCCACCUGGACCCGCGCGUGUUCGCGGACGGCCUGUGCCGGGCCAAGUUCGAGUCCCUCUUUAGGACAUACGACAAGGACAUCAGCUUCCAGUACUUUAAGAGCUUCAAGCGCGUCCGGGUCAACUUCAGCAGCCCCUUGUCCGCCGCCGCCGCCCGGCUGCAGCUGCACAAGACGGAGUUUCUGGGGAAGGAGAUGAAGCUGUAUUUUGCGCAGACGCUGCACAUCGGGAGCUCCCACCUGGCCCCCCCAAACCCGGACAAGCAGUUUCUGAUCUCUCCUCCCGCCUCGCCGCCUGUUGGCUGGAAGCAAGUGGAAGAUGCCACGCCCGUCAUAAAUUACGAUCUCUUAUACGCCAUCUCCAAGCUAGGACCAGGCGACAAGUACGAGCUGCACGCGGCCACCGACACCACGCCCAGCGUCGUGGUGCACGUGUGCGAGAGCGAGCAGGAGGACGAGGAGGAGGACGAGAUGGAACGGAUGAAGAGGCCCAAACCCAAGAUCAUCCAGACCCGGAGGCCGGAGUACACGCCCGUCCACCUCAGCUGAGCGGCCUGCGGCGUCCCUGUCACCACGGGGGAUCUCACUGGGAGGCGGCCGCGCUCGCGUGGAGCGGCUGCCGUGGCCGCGGGGCGGACCGUCCGCUCUCCUUGUCAGCGGAGGGCCAGCGCGGUCUCCUGGUCCUCACCGCAUCGCCGUGUGCGCCCGGGAAGGUCCGGAACAGCCACGCCGCUGGGUCAUCGCACACGGACCUCGGGGCGUCUCACGCCAACCGGCCGCGGUCCUGCCUCGUACCUUCCCCAGCGGCUCUGUUCUGCCCAGGGCAGGCUGAUCCGGGCCGGGGCCUUGGUGCCCACCAAGCGUCUGAGGCGGGCAGCUGGGGACGCAGUGCAGUGCUGACAGCGCCUCCUCCCUCCGCCGGCGUUCCUGCACGUCUGUUCCCGCCUCCAGAGCUGAGCCGGCCGGUCGCUCCGCCCCGCUCUGCACGUCGGAAAUCUGAGCGCUGGGACUGCCGCCUUCCCGGCUCGAGGCGCCUAAGAGCGCCCACGCGGCGCCUACCUGGAUCCGAGGCUCGGCGUCCUGCCGGUGCCUGCAGCCGUGCGCCCUGCCAGCCCAUCUGCCGUCUGGGCGGGUCCCCUCCCGGUCAGAGACAGCAGGUUCCCUGCCAGCCUCCGGGGGUGAGGCGUCUGGGGUUGGCGUCGGUCUGUCUGUCUCUCUCACGCGGUGGUUUAUACCGAUUCCUGGGAAUGGCGGGGUAAGGUGGCUGGGUUUCUGCCCCACGAACACCGAGGUGAACUUGUAAAUAAAGCCGGCAGCACAUGGUCA